UGGUUUUUGUGUCCGCUCCAGAGUUUCCUCUCUGUCCUCUCCUCGCUAGCUCCGCCCGCCGCGUGCUCCCGCCUCCCACUCGGAAUGCCUGUCUGGGGCGGUGGAAAUAAGUGCGGCGCCUGCGCGAGGACCGUAUACCACGCCGAGGAAGUUCAGUGUGAUGGGCGGAGCUUCCACCGCUGCUGCUUUCUGUGCAUGGUUUGCAGGAAAAAUCUAGACAGCACAACGGUGGCGAUCCACGAUGACGAGAUCUACUGCAAAUCCUGCUAUGGGAAAAAGUAUGGCCCAAAAGGCUAUGGUUAUGGCCAGGGCGCUGGCACGCUCAACAUGGACCGCGGCGAGAGGCUGGGCAUCAAGCCAGAGAGUGCUCAGCCGCACAGGCCUACAACAAAUCCAAACACUUCUAAAUUUGCCCAGAAAUAUGGAGGUGCUGAGAAGUGUUCCAGGUGUGGGGAUUCUGUCUAUGCUGCCGAGAAGAUAAUCGGAGCGGGAAAGCCCUGGCACAAAAACUGCUUCCGAUGUGCCAAGUGUGGGAAGAGUCUCGAAUCCACAACUCUGACUGAGAAGGAAGGUGAAAUCUAUUGUAAAGGGUGCUAUGCAAAGAACUUUGGGCCCAAGGGAUUUGGCUAUGGUCAAGGAGCAGGGGCCCUUGUUCAUGCUCAGUGAUGGUGUAAACCCAGAACGAAGCACCGUGCACACCGAAUCGUCACUACCAAACACAGAUGACUUCCGGCACUCACUACUGUGAAACUCCACCAGCAUGUGGCACUGUGUGUCCACCCCUCUCCCUGCACAGGCAGGCUGGACCCGGCAGCGCUGCACCCGCCCGUUUGCUGAUUCACUAGCAUUUAAGAGCAUUUCUUUUACAUCUGAAAUAAAGUUUCGGCUUGAUCUGGGUGCCUCUCUGAGGUAACCUGGAGCUGUUGUGA